AUGUACGGACAGAGUGGAACCGACUCGGAUUACGCACUCCUGGACUCGAUUCGACGCCACUUACUUGGCGAGACGGAUUUCCGAAUCGGGAACCCGAUGACCAACUCGGGUUCGGCCCUUUUUUCUCGGAGUUCCAGCUUCAGUAGCCUGUACCCGUGUUUGACCCAAAAUUGGGGCGAUUUGCCGCUCAAGGAGGACGAUUCCGAGGACAUGGUGCUCUAUGGAGUUUUGAGGGACGCCGUUAGCGUCGGGUGGGUCCCAUCCGGUUCCGCCGACACGCUUCCCUACGAUUUUUCGGUAAAAUCGGAACCGGAGGUUCUGCCACCAGUGAACAAGGUGCAGGAGAAAAAAGCGGCACCGGUUCAACCGGUUCGGCCGGUUCAGCAGUCGGCUCAAGCCUUUCCAGCUGUGGUGCCAGCCAAGGGGAAGCAUUACAGGGGCGUACGGCAACGGCCGUGGGGCAAGUUCGCAGCCGAAAUUCGGGACCCGGCUAAGAAUGGCGCGAGGGUUUGGCUCGGAACUUUCGAAACGGCUGAGGACGCGGCUCUGGCUUACGACAGAGCCGCUUACAGAAUGCGCGGCUCAAGGGCUUUGUUGAAUUUCCCGCUUCGGAUCAACUCGGGCGAGCCCGACCCAGUGCGGUUGACGUCUAAGCGGUCAUCACCCGAACCGUCGUCUUCGUCUUCAGAGAGCGGAUCCCCGAAGCGGAGAAAGAAGGCGAACGGCUCGACCCCGGCUCAAGCCGGGCUGGAAAUGGGAGCAGGGAUUGGGCAGCAGCAAGUGGAAGUCCAAGUGGCGGUGUCGGUUACACGUGGCGAGCAGUUAUUGGUUAGCUGAAGAUGAGGUGGUGGGGAAAGUGGGGGAAGGGAAAAGCACUAGUAGCUAACCACUACCCAAAUUGUGGAGGACACACUGUAAUUAUCUGAGAUAUAUAAAAAAAAAAAAAAGGAGAUGUUUGAGAGAUGAUAAGAGAGGCUGAUCUGAUGCUUUUGUGGGUGUUUUAUGAAUGCAAGAUUUUGUUAUUGUUUGA